AUGCUCGGUCAACAAGAGCUGCAGUUUUUCUUCCGGCUUCCCGCCGUCAUAAAUGAAGAGCGUGAUUGGCGCAGUGCUUUGGGUCAAAUUAAGGAAGGAUACAGCGAUUUCAAUUUCCCUCUUUCGGAGUUCAACAAAGUCCCUGCCGCGUUCUUGGCCGCUAUGGAGAAACAUGCCGGUGGUGUUACUGCUGAGCAAAAGAAGGAAUGGGAGGCGCUAUUUGACAAAGCCUACAAGGACAUGAAGACGUGGGGAUGGUACUGA